AUGAAUAAAGACUCUCGUUAUGCAUAUGUAACUAUUCAAAUUUCCUAAUGAAGACAAAAUUAUCUAUGUCUCCAAAUAAAAAUUUAAGAUAACCAGAUAGUAUACAAACUUAUUCUACUGGAUUUACAAAAAAAAUUACUCAAAAGGUCUCUUAAUAAAAUUAAGCAGCUUUUUCAAAUUAAUUACCAGAGAUUUAAAAAAAAAAGAUUAAAAAUGAAAUUUUUGGGCAUUCUCUAGAAUUUCAAGAAAUCCUAUCAAUAGAAUAAGAUGAAAGGUAAAAAUUUAUUCACUUAUUUAGAUAUCGAUAUUUAAUAAAAAAUGGUACAAUCAAAAAAAUAGAAAAUGGAGGAAAUAUAAUCUUUUCUGAAUUAUAAUAAAUACCAGGAAUAUGGGUAUGUUAUAGAAGACCAUUAGAGAGAUAAAUAAAUCCAGAAAAAUUAAGUUUAGAUUCUUUAGAUUUAUAACAUAUACCAUUAUUAGAAGGUGAAGAAAAAUUGAAAAUAUUAACAUUUCAACACAAUAGAAUUGGAAUUAUUUAAAAUUUAGUUUCUUUACCAAAUUUGUUAUAUUUAGAUUUAUAUGAUAAUUUAAUAAAGGAGAUUGAAGAAUUAAAAUAAGUUUCAAAAUUAAAAGUAUUAUUAUUACCUAAAAAUCAAAUCCGAAAGAUUCAAAAUUUAGAUUAUUUAUAAAUGUUAGAAGUGUUAGAUUUACAUAGUAAUAAAAUUAACAAUUUGGAAGGGUUAAAUAAGUUGAAAAACUUAAAAGUAUUGAAUUUAGGACAUAAUUUGAUCUCUAAAUUAGAAGGUUUGGAAGAUUUAACUUCAUUAAUUGAAUUAAAUUUAAAAAUCAAUUAAAUAGAAAUCAUAGAUCAUAUUUAAGGUUUAUAUAAAAAGUAUAUAUUUUUAGUUCUCCCGUAAUUAUAAAAAUUAUUUUUAUCUUAAAAUAAAAUCAAUUAAUAUCCUUUUAUUUUUGAUUUAUUUGAAUUAUCUUUAGAAAAUAAUCCAAUAUCAUAUAACAAAUAGGAAUAUUAUAAAUAUAUUUGUUCUAAUUAUGAAUAACUUCGAAUUUUAGAUGGAAAAUCAAUCGAUUAAAUUAAAUAAGAUAUAUUAUUUUUAGAAUUUCCAAGAACAGAACCAAUAAAAAAAAAAAAUAUUAAUCAACAAUAAAAUUAAAAACCUAAAAAACUAUAUUAAAUUGGAUUAGAAAUAUAAGGAAUAGGUUAAGAUUUUAAAUAUAAAGAUGAAAUAAAUUAAAUUUAAUAAACAAAAAAAGAAGUUAAUACUUCUAAAAAUCAAACAAAAGAUCUUUUAUUGAGUCAUAAAAAUUCUAUGCAAUCUAAUGUUACAGAAGAUGAAAUAAUAUCUUUGAUUAAAAAUUAAUGGAUUGAAGAAAGCAAAUAAAUUUAAAAAUUAGAAUUAAAGAAUAAAUUAAAUUCGAAAAAUUAGUUAGAAUAUCAAAUUCUAGAAGGAGGUCAUGCUGAAGUUGAAGAUGUAUUAAUUAACUAUAAAAUUAGGAUAUUUUUUUAUUUAUUUAUGGAACUGCAGCAGGAAUGGUACUUCCAAAACAAAAUUUUAAUUAAAUAAUAGAAAAAAUUCACUUUUAAUAUAUGUUUUUCGAUUCUCUUAUUGAUUAAUAAUUUUCAGUAAUAAAAUAGUUUACAAGACUAAAAGAAAUAAUUCUAAAAGAUAAUUAUAUAUAUAAUCUACUAUAAUUAGCUAAAUUAGAAGUAAGAUAAGAUAUUUUUAUUUUAGCAUUUAACAGAUAUCUAGAAAAUUACUAUUUAGAAUAACCCUAUUAAUUAUUGUUCUUUUAUGUUUUCCUUUCUUGUUUAUAGAAUUCCUACAUUAAUUCAGAUAAACAGCAAAGAUAUAAGAAAUGAAGAUCGAUAAAAAGUAUUUAUUAAUAUAUUUAUAAAGGCUAAAUUGCUCUUCUCGAAUUUUGAUAAAACAUUAAUCGUACAUGAAAAAAGUUAGAAUAUUGAUUAUAUCAGAUAAUUUAAAAGCUAUUAAAAAAAUUAAUAGUAUUUUAAAACAUAUCUUAGAGCAUUAAAUGAAGUGAUAUAUUAAUAAAAAAUUGUAAUUAAUUAAAAGAAAUUAGUAAAUAUUUUGAUUUAUUUAGUUUGAUAAUUUAUUUGAUGAUUACUUAAAUUAAUUAAUUUAAGUAUGCAAAAAUAAGGAGAAGUGA